CCCACAGAACCCAGACCUCCCAGGCGGGUGUCUGUAGUCGAGUAGCAAAACCCAUGGCAACCCUGAAGGAAAUCCUAACCCGACGACCCGUGACGGCGACGAUCCGCCUCACGGUCCCGGCGGGAGCAGCCCGACCCGUAGCUCCGGUGGGUCCCGCUCUGGGUCAAUACAGGCUCAACCUGAUGGCCUUCUGCAAGGACUUCAACGCCCGGACCCAAAAGUACAAACCCGACACGCCCAUGGCGGUGAUCAUCACCGCCUUCAAAGACAACACCUUCGAGUUCACGGUGAGGUCGCCGUCCGUCACAUGGUACCUGAAGAAGGCCGCCGGGAUCGAGUCCGGCAGCAGCCGUCCCGGACACGCGGUGGCGUCGACGCUGUCGGUGAGGCACGUGUACGAGAUCGCGAAGAUGAAGCAGUCCGACCCGUAUUGCCAGUACAUGCCAUUGGAGUCCAUUUGUAAGUCGGUUAUCGGUACCGCUAAUUCUAUGGGAAUGAAGGUUGUUAAGGAAUUGGAAUGAUUUGGGGGAAAAUGCGCAAUUUGAAACCCUAGGUUUUAUAGUAAUUGUUGUUUUUGGGGAAAAGAUUGUGUCUUUUUGUUGGGUUUGAGAUAUGCUGAUUCAUAGGAUGAACGAUUAUGAUAGUAUGCACGAAGGUCCGUGAUUAAAACACUAAGAGUUUUAAGUAGGAGUUACUACUAAUCUUUAAGUAGCCAAGUAUUGUUCUUUUGUUAGUGAUCAUGAGAUUAGCGUAAUUGAGUGGCUCUUUUCUGCUUGUGAUUUCGUGGUAGUUUUCGACGAGGAAUGAGGAGGGUUUUCGUUUCGUUGAACUA